AGCAGGAUGAGUGGAUUAGGAGAAAAUACCUUGGACGGCAUGACCAGUGAUUCAAGGAAGCGUAAGCCAUUGCUCUGUGACACCCCGGGACCAGGUUUGAUCUGCAGUGGGGAGAAACGUCGACGUGAACAGGAAAGCAAAUAUAUUGAAGAACUGGCUGAACUGAUAUCUGCUAACCUGAGUGACAUUGACAAUUUCAAUGUCAAGCCAGAUAAAUGUGCAAUUUUAAAGGAAACUGUUAGACAAAUACGGCAGAUAAAGGAACAAGGAAAAGCAUCAUCUACUGAUAAUGAUGUCCAGAAGGCUGAUGUAUCUUCAACAGGUCAAGGUGUUAUUGACAAGGAUUCCUUGGGACCUCUUUUAUUACAGGCAUUGGAUGGCUUCUUAUUUGUAGUCAAUCGAGAUGGGAACAUUGUGUUUGUAUCAGAAAACGUUACUCAAUAUUUGCAAUAUAAACAAGAGGACCUGGUUAACACAAGUGUUUACAAUAUCUUGCACGAAGAGGAUCGGAAAGAUUUUCUUAAAAAUUUACCAAAAUCUGCAGUGAAUGGCGUUUCUUGGACCAAUGAAGCACCCAGACAGAAGAGUCAUACAUUUAACUGUCGCAUGAUGGUGAAAACCAUGCAUGAUGUUCUGGAGGAUGUGGGGAACAACCAGGAGUCACAUCAGAGAUUUGAAACCAUGCAGUGUUUUGCGUUGUCUCAGCCAAGAGCUAUGAUGGAAGAAGGAGAAGAUUUGCAGUCCUGUAUGAUAUGUGUGGCCCGUCGGAUUUCUGCAGUGGAAAGGGUGUUUUCACCAAACACAGAGAGCUUUGUUACUAGGCAUGAUCUUUCAGGUAAACUGGUUAACAUAGAUACAAACUCCCUAAGAUCUAUGAGACCUGGAUUUGAAGAUACAAUCCGUCGGUGUAUUCAAAGAUUUUUAUGUGCAAAUGAAGGACAGCCAUGGUCAAAUAAACGCCACUAUCAAGAAGCUUAUAUUCAAGGUCACUCCGAAACACCACUCUAUCGGUUCUCCUUAGCGGAUGGAACACUAGUGACAGCGCAAACCAAAAGUAAAUUAUUCCGAAACCCAGUUACCAAUGACAGGCAUGGAUACAUAUCCACCCAUUUCCUUCAAAGAGAACAAAAUGGAUAUCGACCAAACCCCACUACAAUGGGACAGAACAUCAGAGCAUCUUCAACAGGGAACACAAAUCCAGUCAGUGGUGUGAUGACCAUGUCACCUGGGCAAAACAUGCCUAUGCAGAAUAGAAACUAUGGCAUGGGAGAUCCCAACCUAAUGGGGCAGAUGGGCCCUGCUAGAUAUGGAGCUCCUGGAAAUAUGGGAUCAAUGAACUCUGGACAACCCAUGCAGUCUUCUCCCUAUCAGAGCAAUAACUAUGGAUUAAAUAUGAGCAGCCCACCGCAUGGCAGCCCAGGCUUGAAUUCCAGUCAGCAGAAUUUAAUGGUAUCUCCUAGGAAUCGUGGGAGCCCAAAAGUGAAUUCACACCAAUUUUCCCCUGUAGCAGGUGUGCACUCGCCAAUGGGAUCCGCCAGUAACACAAGCAGCAGCAACUUUUCAAGCAGCUCACUUAGUGCUCUUCAGGCCAUUAGUGAGGGGGUUGGAACUUCCCUUCUCUCUACACUUUCAUCACCAGGACCUAAACUAGACAAUUCUCCAAAUAUGAAUGUUGCUCAGCCAAAUAAGAUGGGGAACCAGGAUUCCAAAAGCCCUCCUGGGUUGUUUUGUGAACAAAAUCAAGUGGAGAGUUCAAUGUGUCAGUCAAACAACAGCAGGGAGCCCCUUAUUAACAAAGAUAUCAAAGAGGAGAACCUUGAAGGCUCGGAGCAGAGGGGACUCCCUGAGAGCAAAGGCCAUAAAAAGCUUCUUCAGCUACUAACUUGUUCUUUAGAAGAGAGAGGGCAUUCAACACUGUCAAACUCCCCCUUGGACUCUACUUGCAAAGAACCUCCUACAAAUGCCACAAGCCCUUCAUCAGGAGUUUCCUCUUCUACACCAGGAGGAGUAUCAUCUUCAUCCAACAUGCAAGAGAAGCAUAGGAUUUUACACAAGUUGUUGAGGAAUGGUAAUUCUCCAGCAGAGGUAGCCAAAAUCACAGCAGAAGCCACUGGUAAAGAUACAUACCAUGAUAGCAGCAGCUCAGCGGCCUGUGGGGAAGGAGCAGUUAAACAGGAACAACUGAGUCCAAAAAAGAAAGAGAACCAUGCUCUGCUGAGAUAUUUGCUUGACAAGGAUGAUGGAAAGGAUCUUUCGAAAGAGAUAAAACCUAAAAUAGAAAGUAUGGAUGGCAAAAUGGGACAAUGCAGUAAUUCUGGAGUGCCUACUUCGAGCCAGGGGAAAGAGAUGAAAAUAAAAACGGAACCCACAGAAGAGAUUAGUGGAGAUUUGGUUGAUAAUUUAGACGCAAUUUUGGGUGAUCUGAGCAGCUCAGAUUUUUGUAGCAAUCCCAUGUCUAUGAAUGGGAAUAAUAUGGGGAACAAGCAGCUGAUGUGUCAAGGAAAUCCAUCUCUGGGUAUGAGGAGUCCUCAAUCUGUGCAGACCACCCCCCGUCCUCCGUUCAACAGAGCCAUGUCUUUAGACAGUCCUGUGUCUGUGGGCUCCAGCCCAACUGCAAGAAAUGUCAAUGCGUUUUCCAUGUUACAGAAGCAAAACAUGAUGGGUGGAAGUCCUAGAAUGAUUGAAAGCCAGGAAAAUUUUGGAGCAAAUAUGGGGGUCUCAAACAGAAAUAUGUCUAUGAAUCAGAAUCCAGGAGGUGACUGGAGCUUGCAGAACCCAAAGGUUAGCAGGAUGGAACCUGCAAGUUCGGCUCCAGUGGCACGACCGGGACCUGACUGCAACCCAACGCUUUCCAGAUCUACAAUGGGAGGGUCAAUGCCUGGAUUGCCCAUGAGAUCAAACAGUAUGCCUGGUACCAGAUCCAUGCUUCAACAACAGAUGAUCCAUAUGAGACCCAGUGAUAUGAAUAUUGGUAUGGCGGGGAAUCCUUAUGCUCAUCCAGGACCACCUAACCAGUCAAGUUCAUGGCCAGAAAACAUGUUAUCUAUGGAGCAAGGACCUCGAGGCUCACAAACUAGGCCACUAGUUAGAAGUACUUUGGAUGAUUUCUUAUAUAAUGUCCCGAAUGUCGAUGGCCAAAGUGAUGAAAGGGCUCUUCUAGAUCAACUGCACUUGUUGCUGAGUAAUACAGAUGUCACCAGCCUGGAAGAAAUUGAUAGAGCCUUAGGGAUUCCUGAUCUUGUGAACCAAGGACAAGCUUUGGAACCCAAGCAAGAAUCAUUUCAUGGUCAAGAAACUACUGUAAUGAUUGACCAGAAGCCUCCCAUGUAUGGUCAGCCCUACCAGGGGCAGGGUGCAGCAAUGCCAGGGGGUUUUACUGCCAUGCAAGGCCAACAGCCAUCCUUUAACUCUGUGAUGAAUCAAAUGAACCAGCAGAACAAUUUCCCAAUGCAAAAUAUGCAUCCCAGAGCCAGCAUGAUGAGGCCCAGAACUAACACACCAAAGCAACUCCGCAUGCAGCUCCAACAGAGACUUCAAGGGCAGCAGUUUUUGAAUCAGACGCGUCAAACAUUGGAUAUGAAAAUGGAGAACUCCAACCCCGGUGGUGCAUCAGUGAUGAGACCUGUUAUGCCUCCCCAAAUGGGGACACAACAAAGCUUCCUUAAUGCUCAGAUGGUGGCUCAACGAAACAGAGAGCUAAUAAGUCACCACAUCAGACAGCAAAGAAUGGCAAUGAUGAUUCAGCAGCAGCAGCAACAGCAGCAGCAGCAGCAGCAACCUCAGACCUUCAGUCCUCCUCCAAAUGUAACAGCUUCAGGCAGCAUGGAUGGUUCUGUCGCAGGCCCACCAAUGGCUCCAGUCCCGCCCCAGCAGUUCUCAUACCCAACAAAUUAUGGAAUGAACCAGCAGCCAGAUCCAUCUUUUAACAGGGUAUCAAGCCCUCCGAAUUCUAUGAUGGCGCAACGAAUUGGACCCUCUCAAAAUCCAAUGAUGCAGCAUCCUCAGGCGAGUGCAAUGUAUCAGUCCCCUGAGAUAAAGGGCUGGCCAUCAGGAAACAUUGCCAGAAGCAGUUCUUUUCCACAGCAGCAAUUCAGCCAUCCAGGGAACCCUGCAACCUACAAUAUGAUGCACAUGAAUGGCAGUGGUGGUCACAUGGGACAAAUGAACAUAAAUGCUAUGCCUAUGUCAGGAAUACCCAUGGGGCCAGAUCAGCAGAAAUACUGCUGACAUCUACAAAUGCAGGCCUCCCAGUAGGCAAAUGCUGGUGAUGAACUAGAUAACAGGAAGGUGUGUGCAUGUACUUCAUGACAACAAGUUCAGGCCUUAUGGAAGUACCACUUUUUCCAACGUACCAUGAAGAUGUUCUCAAGUGACUUUAUAAGUUAUGAAUGGGGAGGGAAGAGGAAAUGAAGUAUCUGUUACUUAUGAUGUAGUGUACAAAGAAUGGUCAAAUGAAUACUGUUUUUGGCACUCUGUCUCUAGCAAUGGCAUUUGAGUAAAAGUGAUUGGUAGACUCUGUAUAUACCAGUUCUGUUUACCAUAGCUAUCCAAAGCCCUUAACUAUAGGCAGACCAAUGUGCCUGAAGAAGUCUUGAUAAUAGUCUUGAGUCCUCUAGUCAGAGCCUCUGACAGAAUGUAGUAAUUCCUGUCCUUGAUCUGAUAAAGGAAAAAGGAAACCCCAAAGCCUCUCAGAGCAUUUAUGCUACUGUAUUCUUAUAUGCAGAUGCUGAAACUCUUUAAGAGGCAGUACAAAUGCAAGGUAAUAGAAUCCGUAUCUUACCCUUUUGAUGCUGGAAGCUUGCGGAGAAAUUUUUAAAAUAUAAUUAUGGUAAAUAUUUCUAUAUUGAUGUGCAGCUGUGUGCACUUUAUAAAAUGCUGAACAUAAUGGGUAAAUGCAAUAUCUUAAAUAAAAACAAACAGAUGGCUAUAAAAGGUAUGUUCAAUACCCUCUUUCAGCCCUGUGUAAAUUACUGUUGCACAAAAUGCCUCUUAUGUAUAAAUCUGAGCAAUAAUUGUUCAUCUUUUUUUGCCAUUAAACUUCAGAAAAUUCAAGGCAAGGCAUUGCAGUCUGAAGAGGAAAUUGUGAAUAAGUGUUGUAAAUAUGAUCUCAAGAUGUUGUACUAUAUAUACAUACAUAUAUAUAUAUAUAUGACUUUUGUAGAUCACUGACUCAUUUUUGCAGAGUUCGUGAAGCUAAAUAUGUAACAAAGAGAGUUUCUUUAAACUCAGUUUUAGUCAAAGUUGUUCAAAAUAGAAUUGUUCUUAAUUUAAAUGGUUUCAGAAUUAGGUGACUUGUAGCCUUGAUCCUCUUCAUUGAUCUCUGACAGUUUAUUUACAACUUGAUGGAAUAGCUUUUUAAAAGAUCAUUUUGUUUAAAGUGCACUUUGUUACUUUUUCUUAAGAGGGCAAUUUGAUGACAAAACAGCUCUUUUAGCUGUCAUAAUUUGUGGACUCUUUUUAAAUACAACCUGUCUUUUCAAUUUGAGAGCCUCUGCUCUAGGGCAUUUGGUUAAUUUUUAAUUAAGCCUUAUUGUUCUGAUCAUGUUUGUGUGUUUUUAAACUUCUCUUAUCAAAAGACACAUGGUGAUACAUAAAUAUCUAAAAUUGUUCAUAGAAAUUAUGCAGUGUUAGCACAUUUAACUGCUGUGCUGGUAACUGAUGCAUUUAUUUUUCAGGCAGUUCCUUUCAUAUCAAAUGUUCAAAAUUGGGAGUCAGGGAAUAUGUUCUGAUAGUUUAAUGUCAUAAAAUGAAGCUUACGUUGGUAGAUUCUGUUUUAAACACAAGUUGUAGAGAUUUGUCACAGGAUCUUUCUGUAGAAAGACUGGCCAAAAUGUUUGAAGCAGUGUGGUUUGGUUUAGUUUUUUACUAUUCCCAUUGCAUAUUCAAGUUAGUUUCUCUUGACUGAACUGUAAUUUGUAUUAUUUGCUAUGUAAUGAAGGCUUGGCAUCAACAGAAAUAGUCUCCAGUGCAGAAAUUGUUCUGUCACUCCCAGAAAGCUGCUACAGUCCUGAACCCGGGUUUUAUAUGCUGCCUGUCCUGUGCAAAUUCUACCUAGCUACUGUAUUAACUUCCAGUAAUGUUAUGUUUCAAAUACCCAGGCUCUGGUCCAAAAUUCUUUGUGUGUUUCAAUGUGAACAUAGAGUCCUACAUUCAAAAGCCUUCUUACCAGCUUUUAAAUUUGUUGGCACAGAUUGGUUUAUUUGCUUUAUGACAUUCUUUAGAAGAUGUAACGUGCUUUGAGUUUUUAACUAAUGAAAAGAAUAAUAUGUUGAAGUUUAAACGAAACAAAAUAGCAUGUGGGUAGCUGACCCAACAUGAGUCGGCGAGAAAGAUCUUGUGCCUGUGCAGAAGCUCCAUGUAUGUAUCAGAGCAUACAAGGUGCUUAAAGAGUAUUCUCUAGUUCUUAUCGAAGGUCCUGCCAUUAAAGUGAGAUAAGACUUUUUAAAAAAGUUUUUUCAGAAGCCCUUGCUUAUGCUAGUCAGUGCAUUCUCACUCAAAAGACCACAAGCAUAUAAAAAUGUUUCAAAAAGUCUAUGAAAUAACUUUGUUGGGUUGUUCAUGAUAAAAAGCUUGAAAGCUGGGUGGCUUGUGUUGUCCUACGCUGUAUUAGUGAUUGCCCUUUUUAAUUUUGAGUGAUUCCGUUUCUGACAUGAGGUGGUACCUGCUGUUCACUAGUUAAUCUGCUUUUUAAGAAUGUUAAAAUAUUUUUUUUCUAGUUUGUACUUCUUGCUGAAUCCAAAGAAUUUAAUUUCAACUUGAUAAAAAUUAAUCAGACCUUUAAAAAUGUAUGGGAACUAGCUAUGCUUUUGGGCAAUGCCGAUUCAAACGAUCACAUCUAGUAUCAAAGGCCUGAAUACACAGACCUUCGUUUAUAUUGCAAUGCAAUGUCUCUAGUAACUGGCAUGUGGAUUAUUUGUGGUGUGGUUAGGUUGAAUAACAGCAAAUGUGUCUGAAUGGGACAAUUAAGUUAGUUUGGGGUUGGUUCUGUGGAGGUCACUGGGUUGGAUUCUGUGUACCAUGAGUGCUGUAUCACUUGUGAAAUUGAAUUUCCCUUAUCAUUGGAGUUGGUUGUGCUCCUUAAAAUCCUGCUCCUGGGGAGCAGGGUUUUUUGGGGGUGGGGUGGGGGAUGCAGGUUGGUAGGGUCUAUAUUGGGAAGGAACAGGGCUUUUUUUUUUGUAGUAGGACCUCCUUUGCAUAUUAGGCCACACACCCCUGAUGUAGCCAAUCGUCCUGGAGCUUACAGUAGGCCCUGUAUUAAGAGUCCUGUAAGCUCUUGGAGGAUUGGCUACAUCAGGGUAUGUGUGGCCUAAUAUGCAAAGGAGUUCCUGCUACCAAAAAAGCCCUGGGAAGGAGGAAUUGGCAGAAAUCCUACAGGAGUAGAGCAAAGACACAGAAUCCAUCCCAUGUCUCUAAAAGUAAAAAAUACCACUUUCUAUAUAAAUUAUCAAACAGAAUUGUGUUGAAAAAUAUACUUAUCUACCUUUUUUAAAUUUGUGCUUUUAAAAUGGUAAAUGAGAAGCAUUUUUUUUGCUAUAAGAAAACUUAUCUGUUGCACAGAUUAGCACACAGAGCGUGAUAGUAGACUGUCGGUUGACAGCAGCGCGGUAGUUAUAAAACAAUUCAACUAAAGCAAUAUUUUAAAAUAUCUCAGGAGAGAAAGGCAUACAGUAUUGAGAUUGACUCUAAAGUUAGUUUACAUUAAAUAUUGCUUGUAAUAAUCAGUCUUUACAUCACAGAAGAAAAGCCUCUUGUGGGUUGAUCUAUUAAAAAGUUUGGUCAGAUGGUCUUGUUUUUUAUUUUUUGUGUGUUUGAUGUUAAUAAUGUAAAUAAAGGUUUCUAUUUGAAACUGGAA